AUGUGGAGUUUUAAGAAUGUGUGCAAAGACUCCACAAGACAUGUCCCUAAGCCAAAGGACGUGAAGCAGGCCGAGGCCAAGCCACCAGGAAGGCUGGAGGAUGAAGGAAAGCGGGCUUCAGAAGCACCAGACACUGGGAUCAAGAAGAGGAUACAACUCUUCCCAGAGUGGAGCCGAGGCUUGACCAAGGCUCAGCGCAAACAGGCCUGGCUCCUCUUCCUCAAGUUUGGUUACAAUGCUUACCUCAGCAAUGGGCUUCCCUUGAAUCGAUCCAUCCCAGACACUGGGAGUGCCAGGUGUCUCAAGAAGAAAUAUCCGAACCAUCUCCCAACUCUCAGUGUCAUUCUCAUAUUUAUGAAUGAAGCCAUGUCAGUUAUACAACUGGCCAUCACCAGCAUCAUCGAUAGGACCCCUUCUCACCUGCUAAAGGAACUCAUUCUGGUGGAUGAUUUUAGCUCACAUAGUGAAUUAAAGGGCAAGUUAGACAAGCAGAUGGAGCUUUAUGCCCUCAAGUACCCUGGGCUGCUGAAGUUGAUAUGUCACACCAAGAGGAAAGGGAUCGUUGGGGCUCGAAUCUCAGGCUGGCAAGCUGCCACAUCAGAUGUGAUCAUCAUUUUGGGUGCUCAAAUUGAAGUGAAUAUUGGGUGGGCAGAACCCAUAUUAGCUCGAAUCCAGGAAGACCACACUGUGAUCGUGUCACCCAUGUUUGACAACAUUCAUUUCAAUAGCUUCGAGGGUAUUCCACAGCCACUGGCUGCGUACGGCUUUAACUGGUCUCUGCUGUGUCGCUAUGACCCUCUACCACAAGACUGGCUUGCCCUGAAAGAUGACACUGCACCAGUGAUGAGUCCUUCCAUCUUUGGAAUCCUUGCUGCAAACAGAUUGUUCUUGGGAGAGAUUGGACUUCUGGAUGGAGGAAUGAAGAUCUAUGGAGGAGAAAAUGUGGAUCUCAGUCUAAGGGUGUGGCAGUGUGGGGGGAAGAUCGAGGUCUUACCCUGUUCCUGAGUUGCUCACUUAGAGCGACCCCACAAACCCUAUGCUCCGAAGCUGGGAUCAGCCAUAAAACGCAAUGCUCUUUGGGUGGCUGAAGUGUGGAUGGAUGAAUACAAAUCCAUGGUCUACUUCUUUUGGAAUCUGCCUCUAGAGGUCAUAUUCUACUGUAGAACAGGAGAAUUCUAUGUAGGGCGCCUAUACACUGAGUCGUAUUGGCAUGAUCGCUGCCUCAUAGACCCAGGCCAAGGGCAUUGGCCAAUAUUAGAGACAUGCACUGAGGCAGUUAAUAAAGAGCUAUACAUGUACUGGGAUUUUAAACAGGGGGCAGCUGUCAUCAAUCGGGCCAUUAAGAGGUGCCUAGAGAUCAAGAAGAACCCCUCAGGUUUUCAUAUCCUUGUCCUACAGGAGUGCACUGGGCAAAUAUGGACUAUCCAACAUAUUGUCAGAGACUGGGGAAUUCCAGGAGCCUUCAGUAGGUAUUGA